AUGUCGUUGACCGAGCGCUGCAACCUCCGCUGCCUCUACUGCAUGCCAGAGGAAGGCGUGCCCCUGACACCAAAGGACCAUCUCCUCUCCACCGACGAGGUCCAGCGCAUUGCCUCCCUCUUUGUCGACCAAGGCGUCAACAAGAUCCGCCUCACCGGUGGCGAACCGACCGUGCGCAGGGACCUUCUCGACAUCGUCUCGUCCUUCAACCAGCUGAAACACAAGGGACUGCAUCAGAUCGGCAUCACCUCCAACGGCAUCUCGCUCGCACGCAAGCUCGACGGGCUCGUCGCAUCCGGCCUCACCCACCUCAACGUCUCGCUCGACACCCUGGAUCCCUUCAAGUUCGAGUUCAUGACACGCAGGAGGGGGUUCGACGCCGUCAUGAAGAGCAUCGACCGUGCACUCGAGCUCGGGGUGCAGAGUCUCAAGCUCAACGUCGUCGUCAUCAAGGGGCUCAAUGAUGGUCAUGACGUGCUUGACUUUGUCGAGUUCACAAGGGACAAGCCCGUCACCGUCCGCUUCAUCGAGUACAUGCCCUUCGACGGCAACAAGUGGCAGGUCAAGAAGCUGGUGUCUUACAGAGACCUCGUGGAGACGAUCCGAUCGAAGUAUCCCGACUUCGCCAGGCUUCCGACCAAGGACGACGCCAAUGACACCAGCAAGCACUGGCAGGUCCCCGGCCACAAGGGGACAAUCGGCUUCAUCACGAGCAUGACGGACAACUUUUGCGGCACCUGCAACAGACUCCGCGUCACCGCCGAUGGCAAUUUGAAAGUCUGCCUCUUUGGCAAUGCCGAGGUGUCACUUCGCGAUGCGAUGCGCCAUGGCUUCGAUGCCAUCUCGCCUCUGAUUCCCGGGUCGUCCAGCCCGGCGACGGACGAGCAGCUUCUACACAUCAUAGGCUCGACAAGCACUCGCUCCCCGAAGACCGGGACAGCUCGCGCUAAUCGCAGCUCGAGGAUGCGAAGCGGAUUCCUGGCGCCUCAGACGCGCCGGGCCUUUUCAACAUCUUCACCAAGACGGCAGGGAAAGAAGCCUGACGAAGAUAUGGCCGACGACGACAGCCCGUGGGGCGACCUGGACUCUGCUUUCGACAAGCUCAGCAACUCGAAAGUGAUGAAGCUUGACCCUAAGUCCACGCCGAGCGCCCCGGAUAGCACGGCCGCAAAGCAGGACUACGACUUCGAGGAGGCCAUCUUCGCCCAGGCCGGCGCAGCUGCCGUCGGCAACCCCUCCUCGGACGCCAGGCACAUGGACAGCCUUGUUCCAGGCAACAAUCCUUUCGGAGGCGCGACAGGGCCCCACAUCCACCAAUCGUGGUCCGAGUACAUGGGCGGCGCUGAAGUGGGGGAUGACUCGCCCUGGGCCUCGCUCGAUGCAUUCGCAGACCAAUCGUUCGACGCUAGCGCGGUUGCCACGCCGAUGCAUACGCCGUUCGGACGUGCCCAGGCUGCUGUGCAAAGCACGCCCCGGUUCCACUCUCAGCCAACGGAAGGAACGUUGCAUUCCGGCGCAUACGGGCAAUCCGGCACAGCACAGCCGUACACGCCGGCCGCCGCCACGCCAUAUGCUGUCCCCGAGUCUCAUGUGGCGCAGGAAGUUCUAUCGUCCGACCCGCAAGCGGAUCUGCGGCCUCGUUUGACGCACGUCGAGCCGGGCAGCGGCAGAGCGGCAAUGGUCGACGUUGGCCACAAGGCCUACACUCGUCGCACGGCCACCGCCACGGGGCGAGUCUAUCUGCCCAGUCACACCAUCGAGCUCAUCAGGCAGGCGGAAGGAGGGGAGGCUGGCGAGACGAGCCUGACCACCCUCACCAAGGGUCCCGUCCUACACACCGCCCAGCUUGCGGGCAUCAUGGCCGCCAAGAAGACGUCGGACCUCAUUCCGCUCUGCCACGGCUUGUCGCUGUCGCACGUCGACGUUACGCUGAAGCUGGUCGAUGCCGCACCCGCGCCGUCAGGUUCCGCCGCGCAAUCCGGAUCUGGCAGCCCUCUCGUCCCGGCCGGAUCACCGGAGACGGGCAUCACUGGCUUCACCUUGGACCAGCUCGACGAUCCCGAUUCGUGGGCCUCGGCGCUGUCCGAAGAGCGAGCCGGGCCGUCUCCGGCAGCGUCGGGUACAUCGUCGCUGGGCGCAGGGGCGGGCUACGUCGAUAUAAGCUGCACAGCAAGCACGAGCGGACAGACGGGCGUCGAGAUGGAGGCCUUGACCGGGUGCACGGUGGCUUGCCUGACCAUCUGGGACAUGGUCAAGGCCGUGGCGGGCAAGGAAAUGACGAUUGGCGAUAUCAAGGUGGUGCGCAAGACGGGCGGCAAGAGCGGUGACUGGACGAGGACGUUGGCUUGA